AUGACUACUCAUGCUAAGCGGCAGACAAGGCAAUCAGUCGGAAAUGAAAAUGGAGAAGGUACUGAGGACAGCUUAGAUGGUGUUCCGAUAACUCUAGUUACUUUUCUGAAAGUUGACCCGCCAAUUUUCAAUGGAUCGACAAUCCCUACCGAAGCUGACAACUGGUUCCAAGUUGUGGAGCGUGCAUUGCGAACUCAACAUGUACUGUAUGACCAUUUCAUGGAAUAUACGGCUUAUCAACUAGUGGGAAAAGCUCAGCAAUGGUGGCAAGGAGAGCACCGAAUGCUACACCAACAAAAUGUGGACAUUUCAUGGAUGUUAUUCCAGGAAACCUUCUACAAGAAGUACUUUCAUGAGUCAAUAAAGGAGGCCAUGGAGUUAGAAUUCUUACGGUUGAAGCAAGGGUCCAUGACUGUACUUGAAUACACUAGCAAGUUCGAGGAACUCUGUAGGUUCUUGAGAAUAAGUCAGGGUGCUCCUGAGUCCUAUGAGGGCUGGAAAUGCAUCAAAUACUGA